AUGGACGGUUUGUACAGUCACAGCUCGUACCUGCUGCAGCAGCUGCAGGAGCAGCGCAUUCAGGGGUUGUUGUGUGACUGUAUGCUGGUGGUGAAAGGCGUCUGUUUUAAAGCGCAUAAAAACGUCCUUGCCGCUUUCAGUGCUUAUUUCAGGUCUUUGUUCCAGAAUUCUCCAGGUCAAAAGAAUGAUGUUUUUCACCUGGGCAUCCAGGAUGUAGGGGGUAUCGGCCAGAUUCUAGACUACAUGUAUACCUCCCAUCUGGAAGUGAACCAGGACAAUGUUCAAGCUUUGCUUAACAUUGCCCAGUGCCUACAGGUCACCAACAUUCUGACCAUGUGUAAUGAGUUCCUGAAACCUUGUGUACCUGCUGCAGACACUCCUUCCUUCUCUCUGCCUGCCGUUCUGACCCAUGAGCAGGACUGUGUGCUGGGAGGCAGUCUGGCACCCGAAGUGGACCUCCACUGCCCAUCCGCAGACACCCAGAAACACUCUCUCUGUCCGUCUGAUACUGACCACUUCAAAAGGCCUCAUGUUGGGUCACAAUACACCAGCAACACUCUGGAAGCUGCCAGUGGUAUUCCAUCAGUGCCUGAUAAACAACCCUUACAUGGUUAUAAGCUGCGUAAUUUUUACAGUAAACAGUACUUUAAGCAGAGCGCAGCUCAGGCCUGCAGCACAGGACAGGGCCCCCUGGUGGUGGAAGAGCACUGUAACACAAACACUGCUAACACCAGUCCCAUACCUCCUCUGCCUGCAUGCCCAGUGAACAUUGUCCCACGGGAUACCACCCAGUCAGAGCCCGCCUCUCAGAGCUUUGCCCAGUCUGUUCCUGAUAUGGGCACACCUGCUUCAGGUGGGAAAAGCCCACCAACGCCACGCCCUGUGAGACCAAAGAAGACUGUUUACCUGAAGAAGUACAACUACUUGCGGUCCCAGAAUGCCCUGGAAGAGAUGGCAGCACUGCCCAGCCAACUGGGCAACAGCUGUGUUAAGGAUCCUUGUCAGCAGGAAGAGCCUCCAGCUCAACCCACCGAUACUCCUGUGGAGGACACGGUGUCUAACCAAUCAGAGGCAGUGGUUUCAGGGACAGAAUCUCGCCUACCCAGCCCCUUGGGGGUGGAGCAAGAAGAGCUAGAGCCGCAGGGAGGCAGGGAAAGGUCAGAGGUCGUGGGGAACAGUAACAAGUAUUGUUGUGAAAUGUGUGGAAAGACCUUUAAACAUCCAAGCAACCUGGAGCUUCACAAACGUUCGCACACUGGUGAGAAGCCAUACCAGUGUAACAUUUGUGGGAAAAACUUUUCCCAGGCUGGUAAUCUGCAGACGCAUUUGCGUCGUCACUCAGGAGAGAAGCCCUUUAUCUGUGAGCUCUGUGGAAAAAGUUUUGCUGCAUCGGGGGAUGUCCAACGUCACAUUAUUAUCCACUCUGGAGCUCGACCUCACCUUUGUGACAUCUGUGGACGGGGAUUCACAAACUUCAGCAACUUGAAAGAGCACAAAAAAACGCACACGACAGAUAAAGAAUUUACGUGUGACCAGUGUGGCAAAUCCUUUAAUAUGCACAGAAAACUGCUCAAACAUAAGAUGAGACACACAGGAGAGAAGCCCUACUCUUGCCAGACCUGUGGUAAAUCGUUUGCUGGCUCAGGUGACCUGCAGCGGCACGUGCGUUCCCACACAGGUGAAAGGCCAUACGCCUGUGACAGGUGCGGAAAGAGCUUCACACGUACAGCAGUCCUGCGCAGACAUCGCAGUUCUCACUGCAAACCUCUAACAGACCCCGACAAUGCAGACAACAGCCCAGAGGAACCACCACCAACCCCCCACAGUAAAACCCCCAUGCCUCCAGGGCAGCCUGCACAACUCCUGUCCACCCCAGGGACGGACAGAUCUCCUGCUCCAGACCUUCUCAAAAUGCCCAAACACCCUUUGCACCCCCCAGCUGUCCACUUCAGCUCCUGUGCCCAGGAGAACUCAGUUGGGGACAAAUUCCACCCUGCUUCCAGAAGCCCCCUCCCACUCCCCACCCAAACAGACGGACACUGUGGACUCCCUCUGGCCAACCGCACCAACGGUGGUGCCACCUACAGGAGCGGAGAGGGAACAUUCUGCUCCAGUGGGACUCUGUGGGGGUUGGCCAUGAAGACCCUACAGAGCGACAGUGAGAUAGAGCAAUGA